UCGACCAAUAUUAUUAGUCAGUGACAGUGGCGUAUGGCUCACGUACUUGUUUGAAAUAGAGUUUCCCAAACUCAGCAGCCAGUGCCUUUCGCCAGCUCUCCCCGAAUCCUGGAGGGGUUUGGCCGGAAGCGAGCUUCUCUAGUGCCGCCUUCUUGUUACGGGCGAUCCUGUCAAGCUGUUCCUGAGAAAGAGAAGCCGAUAUGGAGCUGGAGGGCUCCGGUUCAGGCUCCGGCUCCACCGCUGAAGACUUGCGCUUCCGCUGCAUUUUUGGAUGGAAAUGAACAAAGCAAACAGGAGAUAGAAAUCUAAAAAUAACUUCAAUGGAUACAUUUGUGCAAAAACGCCCAUGGACUGAUGACAACGAAAUAACAAGUCCUUUGAAGCAGCUUAAAUCAGAAGGCAAUCAAGAGGAGCAACUGCUGGUGGGUGAUGAAUUCGCUGAUCCGAUUCCUUGGCAAAAAAUAGAGUCAGAAAAUCUGGACUGUGACUACGCCAUGCUUUUUACUAAGGAAGAAGCUGAUGACCUGUUUCAAAAGCUGGAAGAGGAGGUGGUCUACUCAACAGGUGAAGAAGCAAUGGUCCAGGUGUUUGGAAAGGUCUACAACAUUCCAAGGAAACAGGCAACAUAUGGCGAUUCAGGAUUGACUUACACAUAUUCCGGAGUGACACGUUUAGCCUGCCCAUGGACUCCCACCCUGGAAUAUAUUCGAGAUUCUGUCACCAAAAUAACAGGACACACAUUCAAUUUUGUCCUCAUCAACAGGUACAAAGAUGGGACCGAUCACAUGGGGGAGCAUCGUGAUGAUGAGAAGGAACUCGACCCUUCUUCGCCCAUAGCCUCGAUCUCACUUGGCGCCGCCCGGGAUUUCAUUUUCCGCCACAGGGACGCCCGGGGAAAACGGAGAGGUCGACGCAUCGAGCCUGUUAAGGUCGUCCUGGCUCACGGAAGCCUACUUCUCAUGAACUCGCCCACCAACACUUUCUGGUAUCACAGCCUUCCUGUUCGGAAGAAAAUCCUCCUGCCUCGCAUUAACCUCACAUUUCGACGGAUCUUGCCUGCCUGUAAGGAUUCCAAGUUAUUAUAGUGAACAUUCCCUGACAGCGAUGGAAGUACACUAACCUUCGCCUUGGAGGGUUGGUAGUGAUAACAAUGUCGUCUACGUGUACAUAAAAUCAUAAUCUGCAGCCUUCUUGCUAGCUGAAAACAUAUGUAUCAUCAAAGCUUGCAAAUAAAACUAUAAGAUUCACUUUAUUCUUUUUUACAGGAGAAAAUUAACCUUUUGAGAUUACACACAAACAUCUCAAAUGAAUAUACAGUAGUGCAAAUUGCAAACAUUAACAACAGGCCUCUGCUCUACAUCUCUCAGCUGGUUUGGAAAUAGGUAAAUGGCAGUGACUGGUAAUGCCAGGUCAAAAUUAUUGAGGAUAACGUGGCGAGAAGCCACUGCAUGAAUGUUACAUCUCGCGACAAAAAAAAUAAUAAUCUGGGCACCGAAAUAUUCUUCCAAUUUCAACAUCAGAUUAAAACGCGUGAUCGUCCAACAUAUGGCUUCAUAUGCAAUAAGAACAGAGACAACAGGGCACUUUAACUUCCAAAGUACAGCAACAGUAUGCAAAUAUCCAUUAGACGCAAUUAACUGUGGGUGCGUCAUUUCCAAAAGAUGUCGACAUACUAAUCAAAUUCAGACCACUGUUCUUAGCAUUAAAAUAAAAUCAACUUGCUGUCCAACAGAGGUUUUACGAGUAAAUGCAUCCCACACAAACCUAUUUAGAUCUUAACCAGGAAUGUACAGUAUCACAUUUGCUUUCCUGUGCAAGCCAGAUACAUUCGAGUAAAACGUGUCCAUAUCCUUUGCAAUUGGGGUUUCCGCUUUAGUUAAAAGCAGAAGCAUCACAUUCCCUCGUUCAUUUAACCCACGCAAAUAAAAAAUACCAACAGUUACAUAACACUGUGUUCAUGGGCACAUCCAAUUUUUACUUUUUAACUUGAAAGGCAGCAUAAUUAAUGCAUCCUCUUAUUCCUGCAAAGGCAUAAUGGAGCUCGGCUUCUUAACUCUCUCAUAGAAAAGCAUGUAAGCGUUGGAGGACAAAACCUCGUGCAGGUUGGCUUUGCGGACCGAGUCGUCGGACACCCAGAGCCACGGAGAGGUGGACGGUGUGGAAGUGCAAGGCGGGCAGGGGCUCCGGCGAUACGUUACAAAAUGUCCUGAAUGCAUGUCUCCAUGAUGAACCAGCACAGCGGUCAAUUGGAAAAGGUACUCUGUGGAGCUGGCAGGAAGACGAAAAAGAUGGUGUUUACACUUGCUAAUAAAUGGGACAUGAGUAUGUUUGGUCAAUAUUCCUCUUCUGGGUGCAUCUGCAGAAGCAGACUUUUAGCUGUGAGCCAAUUACUUGGGUCUCCCUCUUCAGUUCCAACUCCGAAAAAAACACUCAGCUUACCUGUCGAGUACGGAGCCCCUAAAAGGACAUUGACAGAAAUAAAAUAAAUUUAAACCAACUGGCGCGCACCAGAAA